GCUCCUUGUUCAGCUCUCAGCUGGAGCUAUUUCUCUUUUCCAGCCGACCGAGAAGAGCGCAAAAACGUUGUCCUUCGAAACGUCAGUCGACUAGAGAGAAUAAAACGAAAACGAUCUCAAGUCUCCUGCGUGUUUUCACUUGUGGUUUGUCUCUUUGAUUUAAUAAAUUUCUUUCGUCGACAAAGGCUUCUCAUAUCCCUUCCCACAUAUAACGGCUCACGAUCGCAACUCAUACUCUCCGCUGUAUCCUUCUAUACUUUAUACCCUCUCCUAUCCACAUUUCAAAAUGUCCCGCCGACGGGGACUCCCAUUCCCUUCGACCUCGGGCGAAGAUCCCAUGACCGGGGUAGAAAACAACUCGUAUUCACACUUAGCAGGAGCUACCAGACCAUCUGACAGUCCUCGUCUACACUCAUUAUCCAAACCGUACUCCAGACCUUCGAGUUACGCCGGUCGACCAAACCCCGCCCAUCCACUUGGUUUGGGUGGAGUCGACGGCGGAAUGGAUUUCUUACAGAAUUACAAUGGUGUUGGAUUCAACGGAAUUGGUGGUGGUUUCGGGAAUGAUCGAAAAUCUCCUCAAAGAUCACGUUCUCCUAAAAGACCUAUACAAACCACUCGACCAGGAAUGGUGAAAAGUAAUUCAUCCGCUUCCCUCACUCGAUCCGGCUCUGAAAGCUCUCUGUUCUCACUUGCCAAAAACCUCCUUUCCAAACCCCUACAUUGGCUAGCUACACCUUCGAAACCCAUCCCCUCUAGAAAGAACAGAGAGAGAUUCGAUGCCGAUCUAGA